UGGAUCACCCGAUUUGGGAGGCUCACUCUCCCUCUGAGAUUAAAGAGAUGAGGGCACUGGCUCCCAGCGAAGGCUCCCGGCCUUAAUCAUGUGUGAAAUGUUUUCCUUCCUGGGCUGCAGAGCCUCGGUGGUUUGCAGCGGUGGAACCAGGCAGGCCGAGCUGUGGGUAGGAGAGGCCGUCACCUGUUGGGGCCUCCCCCCUCGCGCCCAACCCCCGGCAUCGCCCUGCCCUGGCAGAGCCCAGCCCCCAGUCCCCGGGGAGCGCGCCUGCGGACGGACGGACAGACGGACGGUCGGACAGACCUAGGGACGGAGGGCCAGGGGUAGGGGAGAUCCAAGAGGCCCGGCGCUGGAAUGCAGUUUUCUCGGGCGAGGGAGACUUUGCACCGGAGUGGAAAAUAGUUUGGGGUGGGGUUUCGCACCGUCCCCUCCUCCCCAGCCCCGGGCCCCCUCCCAGGCGCUUUCUGGGAGCUUUUAGAACUGCGCUCUGAAGUUUCCAGAGAGCAAGGAGCUUUUGCGGCAGGCAGAGACAAUGGAAGAAAAUGAAAGCCAGAAAUGUGAGCCGUGCCUUCCUUACUCAGCAGACAGAAGACAGAUGCAGGAACAAGGGAAAGGCAAUCUGCAUGUAACAUCACUAGAAGAUGCAGAAUGCCGCAGAACCAAGGAACGCCUUUCUAAUGGAAAUAGUCGUGGUUCAGUUUCCAAGUCUUCCCGCAAUAUCCCAAGGAGACACACCCUAGGAGGGCCCCGAAGUUCCAAGGAAAUCCUGGGAAUGCAAACAUCUGAGAUGGAUCGGAAGAGAGAAGCGUUCCUAGAACAUCUGAAGCAGAAGUAUCCCCACCACGCCUCUGCAAUCAUGGGUCACCAAGAGAGGCUGAGAGACCAGACAAGGAGCCCCAAACUGUCUCACAGUCCUCAACCACCCAGUCUGGGUGACCCGGUCGAGCAUUUAUCAGAGACGUCCGCUGAUUCUUUGGAAGCCAUGUCUGAGGGGGAUGCUCCAACCCCUUUUUCCAGAGGCAGCCGGACUCGCGCAAGCCUUCCCGUGGUGAGGUCAACCAACCAGACGAAAGAAAGAUCUCUGGGGGUUCUCUAUCUCCAGUAUGGAGACGAAACCAAGCAGCUCAGGAUGCCGAAUGAGAUCACAAGUGCAGACACAAUCCGUGCUCUCUUCGUAAGUGCCUUCCCACAGCAGCUCACCAUGAAAAUGCUGGAAUCGCCCAGUGUCGCCAUUUACAUCAAAGAUGAAAGCAGAAAUGUUUAUUAUGAAUUAAAUGAUGUAAGGAACAUUCAAGACAGAUCACUCCUCAAAGUGUACAACAAGGAUCCUGCACAUGCAUUUAAUCACACACCAAAAACUAUGAAUGGAGACCUGAGGAUGCAGAGAGAACUUGUUUAUGCAAGAGGAGAUGGCCCUGGGGCCUCUCGCCCCGGAUCUACUGCUCAUCCACCCCAUGCAAUUCCAAAUUCCCCACCGUCUACUCCGGUGCCCCAUUCCAUGCCCCCCUCCCCAUCCAGAAUUCCUUAUGGGGGCACCCGCUCCAUGGUUGUUCCUGGCAAUGCCACCAUCCCCAGGGACAGAAUCUCCAGCCUGCCAGUCUCCAGACCCAUCUCUCCAAGCCCAAGCGCCAUUUUAGAAAGAAGAGAUGUCAAGCCGGAUGAAGACAUGAGUGGGAAAAACAUCGCAAUGUACAGAAAUGAGGGUUUCUAUGCUGAUCCUUACCUUUAUCACGAGGGACGGAUGAGCAUAGCCUCAUCCCAUGGUGGACACCCACUGGAUGUCCCUGACCACAUCAUUGCAUAUCACCGCACCGCCAUCCGGUCAGCGAGUGCUUAUUGUAACCCUUCAAUGCAAGCAGAAAUGCAUAUGGAACAAUCACUGUACAGACAGAAAUCAAGGAAAUAUCCAGAUAGCCAUUUGCCUACACUGGGCUCCAAAACGCCCCCUGCCUCUCCUCACAGAGUCAGUGACCUGAGGAUGAUAGACAUGCACGCUCACUAUAAUGCCCACGGGCCGCCUCACACCAUGCAGCCAGACCGGGCCUCACCGAGCCGCCAGGCCUUUAAAAAGGAGCCAGGCACCUUGGUGUAUAUAGAAAAGCCACGGAGCACUGCAGGAUUAUCCAGCCUUGUGGACCUUGGCCCUCCUCUAGUGGAGAAGCAAGUUUUUGCUUACAGCACGGCAACGAUACCCAAAGACAGAGAGACCAGAGAGAGGAUGCAAGCCAUGGAGAAACAGAUUGCCAGUUUAACUGGCCUCGUUCAGUCUGCACUUUUUAAAGGGCCUAUUACAAGUUAUAGCAAAGAUGCAUCUAGCGAGAAAAUGAUGAAAACCACAGCCAACAGGAACCACACAGACAGUGCAGGAACUCCCCAUGUGUCUGGUGGGAAGACGCUCAGUGCUCUGGAGUCCACAGUGCCUCCCAGCCAGCCUCCACCUGCAGGCACCUCGGCCAUCCACAUGAGCCUGCUGGAGAUGAGGCGGAGCGUGGCGGAACUCAGGCUCCAGCUCCAGCAGAUGCGGCAGCUCCAGCUGCAGAACCAGGAACUGCUGAGGGCGAUGAUGAAGAAGGCCGAGCUGGAAAUCAGUGGCAAAGUGAUAGAAACAAUGAAGAGACUGGAGGAUCCUGUGCAGCGACAGCGCGUCCUGGUGGAGCAAGAGAGACAAAAAUAUCUUCAUGAGGAAGAGAGGAUCAUCAAGAAGUUGUGCGAGCUGGAAGACUUUGUUGAAGACUUGAAGGACUCCAGGGCAGCCAGCCGAUUGGUUACUCUGAAAGACGUGGAAGACGGGGCUUUCCUCCUGCGUCAAGUGGGAGAGGCUGUAGCUACCCUGAAAGGAGAAUUUCCAACCUUACAAAACAAGAUGCGAGCCAUCCUGCGCAUAGAAGUGGAGGCCGUGCGGUUUCUGAAGGAGGAGCCACACAAGCUGGACAGUCUCCUGAAGCGUGUGCGCAGCAUGACAGACAUCCUGACCCUGCUGCGGAGACAUGUCACUGACGGGCUCCUGAAAGGCACGGACGCAGCCCAAGCCGCACAGUACAUGGCUAUGGAAAAGGCCACGGCCGCAGAAGUCCUGAAGAGCCAGGAGGAGGCAGCCCACACCUCCAGCCAGCCCUUCCACAGCACAGGUGCCCCUGGCGAUGCGAAGUCAGAAGUGGUGCCUUUGUCCGGCAUGACGGUUCACCACGCACAGAGCUCCCCUGUGGCCAUCCAGCCCUCGCAGCACUCCGUGGCCCUGCUGAACCCUGCUCAGAACUUGCCUCAUGUGGCCAGCUCCCCCGCCGUCCCCCAGGAAGUAAGCCCCACCCUGCAGACAUUGCAGGCUCCGCAGUCCCCACAGACACCCAUGAAUGGGUCUGCCAUGCAGAGCUUGUUCAUUGAAGAAAUCCACAGUGUGAGUGCCAAGAACAGGGCAGUGUCUAUCGAGAAAGCAGAAAAGAAAUGGGAGGAAAAAAGGCAAAAUCUGGACCACUAUAACGGGAAAGAGUUUGAGAAGCUCCUAGAAGAAGCUCAAGCCAAUAUCAUGAAGUCAAUACCAAAUCUGGAGAUGCCGCCAGCUGCAGGCCCACUGCCAAGGGGAGAUGCCCCAGUGGACAAGCUGGAACUUUCAGAAGAUUCUCCAAAUUCAGAACAGGACUUGGAAAAGCUGGGGGGAAAGUCGCCCCCUCCUCCUCCCCCACCUCCUCGUCGAAGCUACCUGCCAGGAUCGGGACUCACCACCACGAGGUCAGGCGAUGUGGUCUACACCGGCAGAAAGGAGAACAUCACCGCUAAGGCAAGCAGUGAAGAUGCUGGACCGAGUCCACAGACCAGAGCCACAAAAUGUCCAGCAGAGGAGCCUGCUUCAGCCUGGACCCCAUCCCCACCCCCUGUCACUACCUCCUCCUCAAAGGAUGAGGAGGAAGAAGAAGAAGAAGGAGAAAAAAUAAUGGCAGAACUCCAGGCAUUCCAGAAGUGUUCCUUUAUGGACGUAAAUUCAAACAGUCAUGCCGAGCCAUCCCGGGCUGACAGUCACGUUAAAGACACUAGGUCGGGCGCCACGGUGCCACCCAAGGAGAAGAAGAAUUUGGAAUUUUUCCAUGAAGAUGUACGGAAAUCUGAUGUUGAAUAUGAAAAUGGCCCCCAAAUGGAAUUCCGAAAGGUUACCACAGGGGCUCUAAGACCUAGUGACCCUCCUAAGUGGGAAAGAGGAAUGGAGAAUAGUAUUUCUGAUGCAUCAAGAACAUCAGAAUAUAAAACUGAGAUCGUAAUGAAGGAAAAUUCCAUAUCCAAUAUGAGUUUACUCAAAGACAGUAGAAACUAUUCCCAAAAAACUGUGCCUAAGGUCAAUUUCAGCUUCUCUGGCGUUAGUUCAUUAGAAGAUGAAAUAAGCAAAGGGUCUAAAGUCUCAGGCCCCCAAUACUCUAUAGCUGACACCGAGAACCAGAAGCUGAAUUAUGGAAAGACAAAGGAGAUGGAAAAGCAAAAUACGGAUAAUUGUCACAUUUCCUCUCCUAGUAGAGUAACAGAAUCAAGUGUGCAUGAUUUGAAAACAGAAGAUCAAGAGGUUAUCAUGACAGAUUUUGGCCAAGUUGUUCUAAGACCCAAGGGGGCAAGGCAUGCUAACGUGAACCCUAAUGAAGACGGAGAAUCCAGUCCAAGUUCUCCCACUGAAGAAAAUGCAACCACUGACAACAUUGCCUUCAUGAUUACCAAAACCACUGUCCAGGUUCUUUCCAGUGGGGAGGUGCAUGAUAUUGUUAGCCAAAAGGGAGAAGACAUACAGACGGUUAAUAUCGAUGCCAGAAAAGAGAUGGCCCCCCGACAAGAAGGGACUGACAGUGAGGAGCCAGUUGUGUGCCUGGACAAGAAACCAGUGAUCAUCAUUUUCGACGAGCCCAUGGACAUCCGGUCUGCAUAUAAGAGACUUUCAACUAUCUUUGAGGAGUGUGAUGAGGAAUUAGAGAGAAUGAUGAUGGAAGAAAAGAUAGAGGAGGAGGAAGAGGAGGAAAAUGGAGAUUCUGUAGUCCAGAAUAAUACCACUUCCCAGAUGUCUCAUAAGAAGGUGGCCCCGGGCAAUCUUAGAACAGGACAACAGGUGGAAACAAAGUCACAGCCACACUCUCUGGCAACAGAGACCAGAAUCCCAGGGGGACAGGAAAUGAACAGAAUGGAGCUGGACAAGUUCAGCCACGUGGAUUCUCCACAUUCGGAAUGCAAGGGUGAUGACCUGACCGAUGACCAGUUUGAAAGCCCCAAGAAAAAGUUUAAAUUCAAAUUCCCUAAGAAGCAACUCGCCGCUCUCACUCAAGCCAUUCGCACGGGAACUAAAACAGGGAAGAAGACUUUGCAAGUGGUAGUCUACGAAGAAGAGGAGGAGGACGGCACCCUGAAACAACACAAAGAAGCCAAGCGCUUUGAAAUCACUAGGUCUCAACCUGAAGACACCCCUGAAAACAUGCUGAGGAGGGAAGAGCAGUCCAGCAUCGAGAGCACGUCUCCGAUUUCAAGAACUGAUGAAAUUAGAAAAAACACCUACAGAACGUUGGAUAGCCUGGAGCAGACCAUCAAACAGCUUGAAAAUACAAUCAGUGAAAUGAGUCCCAAAGCCCUAGUUGAUACCUCAGGUUCUUCCAACAGAGAUUCUGUUGCAAGUUCAUCCCACAUAGCCCAGGAGGCCUCUCCCCGACCCUUGCUAGUUCCGGAUGAAGGCCCCACUGCCCUAGAGCCCCCUACGUCGAUACCUUCAACUUCACGUAAGGGCUCCAGCGGGGCCCCACAGACGAGCAGGAUGCCUGUCCCCAUGAGUGCCAAGAACAGACCCGGAACCCUGGACAAACCUGGCAAGCAGUCCAAACUGCAGGAUCCCCGCCAAUAUCGUCAGGCUAAUGGAAGUGCUAAGAAAUCUGGUGGGGACUUUAAGCCUACUUCCCCCUCCUUACCUGCUUCUAAGAUUCCAGCCCUUUCUCCCAGCUCUGGGAAAAGCAGUUCUCUGCCCUCUUCUAGUGGUGACAGCUCUAACCUCCCUAAUCCACCUGCUACUAAACCGUCGAUUGCUUCUAACCCUCUCAGCCCCCAAACAGGACCACCUGCUCACUCUGCCUCCCUCAUCCCUUCUGUCUCUAAUGGCUCUUUGAAGUUUCAGAGCCUUACUCAUACAGGUAAAGGUCACCAUCUUUCAUUCUCACCGCAGAGUCAAAAUGGCCGAGCACCCCCUCCUUUGUCAUUCUCCUCCUCCCCUCCUUCCCCCGCCUCCUCCGUCUCACUGAAUCAAGGUGCCAAGGGCACCAGGACCAUCCAUACUCCCAGCCUCACCAGCUACAAGGCACAGAACGGAAGUUCAAGCAAAGCCACUCCAUCCACAGCAAAAGAAACCUCUUAAAGGUCAAAUCCUAUCAGGCACAAGUCGGAGUUACGUUAAAAAAAAAAAUUAACAGUCUACAACAACUGUUUUCACAAGAGAAUGUAACAUAUUGCUGUAUCGUUUGAGGCUUAAUGCUAAGUAUGUGCUAAAUACUGGAUUAAUAGAUUUCAGUAAAGCUCGUUUUUUGUUUUUGUUUUUUGGUUUUUUUUUUUUGGUUUUGUUUUUACCUAGUUGCUAUAGUGUCUACCGUCUAUACUCAAUACCUAUAAAAUGCAGUAAGCAUGUGUCACAAAACGAGGUUCUGGUGGGAGAGAAAGGUGCGUGUGAGACGGGAGAAUUGUCUUAAGCAUAUAAAACAUGUAUGAUUCCAGAAUUUUAGUAUGUUUUGUAUAAAACUAUUUUUCAUUACGGAGACUAGAAGUGAACAGAGAAUUACACAAGUGUGACUAUACAAAUUGUAAAAGAUACUAUAAUAUUUCCUUUUAUUUUAGUGUUAUUUAGCUUUAUUACAGAUUUCUAUUUUUGUCAAAACUUCAUGAUUCCUUUCAAGAUCUUUUUUGCCAAAACAUUUUGAUACUAUAGCAUUGUACAUUUGAAAGUAGUGUGCUAGACUAUAAAACCAAUGAACUUCUACCUGAGCCCUACAGACAGGCAUAUGUAGAAGGCAAUUUAUCAAACCUAUUGCACUGCCAUGAAAAGUAUGUAUCAUAAUUUGCUAGCCCAAGCAAGCUAGUUUUCUUUGCUUGCUUCUUUUCUUUCUUUUUUCCUUCCUUUUUUUUUUCUUUUUUCUUUUUUAACAUGUUGAGGUUCUCUAGUUGUUUUCUUUGGAGUAUCUAACCCCUUCUUUUGUUUUCUGAGACCUGGUAACCCACGCUCUUGCAUUGUGGAUUUUAAAAUGUACACUCUGUACGGUUCUGUAAACCGAAAAACUUUUGUAAAUAUAUAAAUAUACAUAGACAUUAAAAUACUGUAUGUGACAGCACAUAGAGUAGUUUUCCCACACCAAAGUUAAUUUUUAUGCAUGCUUUAAAAGUAUAUAUCGGGAUGGGCAGAAAUGGAAGUAUCCAUACAUUUUUAAAAAGCAACAAGUUUGCACAGCUAGAGUGUUUGUAAAUAAAUGUAUUUGUAUAACACAGUCAUGUAAUAUACAGAACUAUAAGCAGAGACUUUGCAAAACUAAAUAAAGGGCUGCAUGCUUAUUAUUUUUUGUACCUUGUCACUAUAACUACUUCCUAGUCAAAGAACGAAAUGUAACUGUUACCAAGUUUAAUGUUUUUCUGCUUUGAGGCUUUGAGGGAUAUAAGCACAUCCACUCAAGAGGACACUACUUUUCUGAAAGCUCUGGGGUGACUAAUGAUGAGUUCCUAAUAAAUUAAUUGCAAGUGUGGUGCCUUGGAUGUGACCUGUUGGCUCUCUCUCUUCUCUGUGGCUUAUCAAGGUGUGGAUGACAGAAAGCAAACCUGGACACAGAGUUUCCACCCUCCAUUCCUGGAGGGGCUCUUAUUAUUUUCUCUCUUUUGCAAAAACUUCCAGCAGGAGUAAAGUGGAAAUAAAACAACUUUAUCA